CUGACUUUCACCUGAACUUCGACUCUGGAAUUGAAACUGCGGCGUAGCCUGUCGUGGCCGUGCUCUUAUUGUCUCUGGUAACCCCCAAGGUACCUCUUCAGCAGUGCUGGAAUCAUUGCCUACCAUUCCUUCGUCAGGCUCUAAAGGCAGAUUCGACUUCCAUGAUGCUUGUUGGCUCGAUCCAGGAUUCAACGUGUCUCUCCUUGCCAAAUAAUGGAAGCAGAGCAGUACUUAAGUAUGCUCAUGCCGACGUAGCACGCUUCGGCAGUGUAUCAUUGGGGGUCUGCCCAACGCGCACAUUGCAAACUCUCUCCUUGAUCGUGACUUUGCCGUUCGGGUGAAUUCCAGAUCCCCCAAAACACUGCUUCCCAACCUGAGAUCUAAAUUGGAAACCCACAGCGUGUUACCAGAAUCAUUGGUGACACAAAAGGGAUCAAGAAACGGACUGGUGAAUCAGCAUGGCUCAUAUUUCCGACACAUUCCCCAGCACCAAUCGAGAUGUGGCACCCAUCCAUAUCGUCGAUUUCCGUCAGCAGAUCAUCGACAACGCCUGCUUGGUGUGGCCCACAGUGGCGCUUAAUAACUUCCGCGUUAUCACGCGCGAGCUCGAGAACCAGAAUGGCAUACACUAUCAUGCAUAUCUUAUGGAUAUUGAUCUCGCUGCGGAAGAUGAACGGCUUCUAAACAGAAACCUGACGAGCACGGAAGACAUCCAAGAUAACUUAAAGACUCCUGCAGCUGCACUAGCUGCAUUGCUGCUCAAGACGACAAUGCAUGUCAAUGAGUACUUUUGUGAAAACAGCACCGUCAUGGAAGAUUAGUUUGUUCAUCAAUGGUUUCGAAGUUGCCCGUGCAAUUAUGCUUUUCCCAAUCAUUUCCCAUCUCUAAACCAUACGGUCAACUACUCAUUCUAUUCCCCUUUUGAACACAACGAGCUGUUUUCUGGUAUUGCGUCGGCAGCCACGCCGCUACUAUCCACAAGAUUUCCGCUUGACCUUUUAACUCAAAGGAAUUUCUUUGAUGCGUUUUGACCGAAUGAUCCACGUGACAUGCGAAUGUCAUAAGCAAACAGAAACGAAAUUUCGACCACA